CAAGCGCGUCGAUCAGGAAAAACCCUAAAUCUCUAGUAUCACUGCUUCUACACCCAAGCUUCCCAGUGCUUGCUUCUGCGUCCGUCUGCGAGGGGGCUUUCUAGCCCUCUCUCUGCAUCUCCAUCUCCCUCUCCCUUUCGAUACUCCCAUUUUCUACAUGUUCGCUCUUCAGUGUCUUUCAGGGGUUCCAUCUGUCCUCUUUCAGUUUGAUCAAUAUAUGGAUUUGGGCAAUCUAAUUGAGCUGUGAUCCCAUAAAAUAGCACUGCUUGCUGGUUGCUGUUGCCUGAAACUGAUUGAAGCCCUUUGGUGUUUGACAACUUUGAAGAAUAGGCGGUGCCCUCCAGCAUCGUUGUUUAGUUCAUCACUAUGAUUGCCACGGAAACUAUAGUUCCAAAUAGGAAACUGAAGAUCAAGUUCUCCACCAAAAGGAUAGAAGUUAAUACUGGGACAAAAUGUGAACUUGACCAGAAAGUGGACCAGAUUGAUGACACUGGGCCCUAUAACUUAAAGGAAAAGUCCUCACUACCAGGUUCAAACAAGCGAGGGCCACCAGGGAGUUAUGAGGGACAAAAGGAGAAGAGACAGAAGAUGGACCGGAGAGCUUCUCUAGAGUGUGCUAGUAUUCUGAAGAGUCUAACAUCUCAUCCCUAUAGCUGGGUUUUCAGUAAGCCAGUGGAUCCUGUGGCUCUGAACAUUCCAGAUUAUUUUUCAAUUAUAUCUGAACCCAUGGAUUUAGGCACAAUCAAAAGCAAUCUGGAGAAAAAUGUAUACUCUGGUGCUGAGGAGUUUGCAGCUGAUGUUAGACUCACCUUUUCAAAUGCAAUGAGAUAUAAUCCCCCUAGUAAUGAUGUUCAUCUAAUGGCAAAGGAACUCAACAAGUCCUUUGAGAAAAGAUGGAAAGACUCGGAUAAAAAAUGGAAGUGUGGCGAUGAUGAUGGAAAAUGUAUGUCUGGAACAACUAUGGAAAGCAUGAGAAAAAGUGGUACUCUGGUGCCUCCUAUGCGAAAAGUCAAAAGUCUUCAGAGGAGUGAUUCAUUGACUGAUAGAGAUGAUAAAGUGGAGGUUUCUAAGUCAUCACAUAUUCCCCUCAAAUUGAUACUGAAAAACUUACACAAAGGUUUGCGUUUUACAGGAAGCAAAGAUAACAGUGAUGGGGGACGUCCUUCUGUCUCUGUAAAGCCUUGUCCUUCAUCAAGUCCUGUCUCACACAAGGUUAAUAUUUCUGAUGACAGUGGAUGCCGUGCUGUCAUUUCUAGUGACUCAUCAUGUGUGAUAUCAGGAUCUGAAGGAAGGGAUGCGUGUGGUGCUGAAGCACUGGAACUGAAUUGCUUGGCAAAAGGUACAUCAUUGCAGGGGAAAUCUGAUCCUGACUUUGAUGGCGCUGUAAGUGCUCUGGAUAGUGAUUGUCUGUAUCCUAGCUCUCCGCGCACAGAUUCUGCUAUGGAUGCUUCCUCUGGAGAAGUAUUAAGCGAUCCCAAUAUUGAUGUACAACUGUCACCCAAAAAGGCCCUUCGAGCUGCAAUUCUGAAGUGCCGUUUUGCAGAUACUAUCCUGAAAGCACAACAAAAGACUCUUCUGGAUCAUGGAGACAAAGCCGAUCAUGUGAAAUUGCAGCAGGAAAAGGAGAAAUUGGAAAGAGUGCAACGCGAAGAGAGGGCUAGGAUUGAAGCCCAAAUCAAAGCUGCUGAAUCUGCGGCAAAGAUGAGGGCUGAGGAAGAGUUGAAGCAACAGAGAGAGAGAGAAAGAGAAGCUGCUCGAAUGGCAAUUCAAAAGGUGGAGAGAACUGUUGAUAUAGAGCAUAACUUGGAGAUUCUGAAAGAGCUUGAAAUGCUUAGUGGGUGUACCUUGUAUGGCUCUGGAGUUGCAAUGAAGAAACUGGAACGAUCGCAACUUCAAUAUCCACUGGAGCGGCUCGGGUUGUUUAUAAAGGAUGAGUUCAAGGCAGAAGAUGAUGAUGAGGUUGUGAUUGGAAAUUGGGAAUAAGGGCAAAUUUUAUCUUGAUACAAAUCUUGCACUGUUCUUCCUGCUCUUUGUUAAUACCUUUUUGACAGGGGAACUGAAACUAAUUUGUACAUAAAAUUUUCUACCUCAACACUGAAACUUGUUACUUCACAGCUAGUUAGGUACAAAGGAAAAAAGAAACAACAGUUCGUAUUUUGUCGUAGCACUAUGCAUUUAAUCCAGCUGGAAAUUGAUAUUUUCUGUAGAAAGAUGCUUAUUGUCAAUCAUAUAUUGAGAUCUACAAAGUUGAUUACAAUUUAAAGAA